ACGGCCUCUUGGAGCAAGAAUGGCAGAGCCUGGGCCGGAAGAUGCAUGCCCUUCUCAAUAUGGCAACAAGAGACGGCCCAGUGAUACCAGUUGGGAUUCUUAUGCCACCACGAUGAGGACUGCAUUCACACCUAAGACAGGAACAGCACCUGCUUUGUUUCGUCAGAAAAGUACCAGAAGGCUAGGAUAUACAUAUUCACUUAGUGAUCCUAUUCCUAAUCAAACACAGUACAAUGAUGAGUAUGUCUGGAAAUCAUAUUCUAAAGAGGAUUCAAUCAAUGUUGGGACUUCAAGAGGAAUCAAGAACCACAGAUUUUACCCUAGUCAGGACUUCUUUCUCUGGACACUACCUCAAUCGACAACCUCAGUAAAAAGCUACUUUCCUUGGAAAAUUGCUGCAUCGAUGGAAGAGGUUCGGAAGGCAAUAGGAAAUCAGUUUAUUUCCACCACAAAGAGAGACUUUGUGGACCGAUCGAAGGAUCCAAAGGAUAAACAGCGUUCUCAGAUGUUUCUGGAAUGGAAAAAGUUAGUUCCCCGACCAGCAGACACAGAAUUUCGAAGGAAUUACCAAAUUCCAGCUAAAAUUCCUGAGUUACAGGAUUUUAGUUUCAAAUAUGGAUGCUACUCAAGCCUACCCAUUGCUUCUCAAGGUCUAGUCCCUUCUGUGCUAUAUAGCCACAUGAGGAGCCAAGAGCGUACGAAGAAGCAGUCCAUUUACCAAAGUGAUUACGGGAAAGCCUACCUAGAUUUCUUGACGAUUCUGAACUCAUUCAGCCCGUCUCAAGUCACAGAGUACCUUCAGGGUGUUUCCUACAAAGAAAGGCAGAUUCUUGAUCGCUUUUUUCGCUCUUACUGUGAUAUGGGCCAAAGAAUGGAUAAAAGAGAAAAAUAGUUCAAAUGAAGAACAUCUGAAAGUAACUGAGUUCUCUUCUCAAUAAUCAAGAAAAAAUAAGAUCCAAAUUGUUCUGAAUUAUAAUUUCAUCAUGACUUUGUGUAAUUUUGUUUUAUUUUUAAACAAUAAAAUCAUUUAAGGC